UUCUUGGAAUCUCCCAGUUGGUGACAGACGUGAUGUUCUACCGGUUGCUAUCGAUUGUCCAAAGACAAAGAACCAGCCCCGGAUGGCAGAAUUGGUCCUCAGCAAGAAGCAGUGCGUCAGUUGCCAAGGCGCAUUCUAUUGCCCUGCCCACCCAGACACAGGUGGUCAUCUGUGGGGGUGGAGUCAUGGGCACAUCCGUGGCCUAUCACCUCUCCAAAAUGGGGUGGAAGGAUAUUGUCCUUCUGGAGCAGGGCAGGUUGGCUGCCGGCUCUACAAGGUUCUGUGCUGGCAUCCUGAGCACCGCCAGGCACUUGACCGUUGAGCAGAAGAUGGCAGACUAUUCAAACAAACUCUACCAUCAGUUAGAGCAAGAAACAGGGAUCCAAACAGGUUACAUAAGGACAGGCUCAAUCUGUCUGGCUCAAACUCAGGACCGGCUGAUCUCCCUGAAGCGCAUCAACUCAAGGCUGAAUGUCAUAGGCAUCCCUUCUGAGAUCAUCUCUCCCAAGAAAGUGGCUGAACUUCACCCUUUCCUAAACGUGCACGACCUGGUGGGAGCCAUGCAUGUUCCUGAGGACGCGGUGGUGUCCUCUGCAGAUGUGGCUCUUGCCCUGGCAAGUGCUGCCUCCCAAAACGGUGUUCAGAUCUAUGACCGGACAACUGUUCUUCACGUAAUGGUCAAAAAAGGUCAAGUUACUGGUGUGGAGACAGAUAAAGGACAGAUUGAAUGCCAGUAUUUUGUCAACUGUGCUGGUCAGUGGGCAUACGAGCUGGGUCUGUCCAACGAGGAGCCGGUUAGUAUCCCGUUACAUGCCUGCGAACACUUCUACCUUCUGACUCGCCCCUUGGAGACCCCUCUGCAGAGCAACACACCAACUGUUGUGGAUGCUGAUGGAAGAAUCUAUAUUCGGAACUGGCAGGGUGGCAUCUUGUCUGGGGGCUUUGAGAAGAACCCAAAACCAAUUUUCACUGAGGGCAAGAAUCAGCUGGAGAUUCAGAAUCUACAGGAAGACUGGGAUCACUUUGAGCCCCUGUUGAGUUCCCUCCUGCGUAGGAUGCCCGAAUUAGAGACUCUGGAGAUCGUGAAGUUGGUGAAUUGCCCUGAGACCUUUACACCAGACAUGAGGUGCAUCAUGGGCGAGUCUCCAGUGGUGCAGGGCUACUUCGUCCUGGCGGGAAUGAACUCUGCUGGCCUUUCCUUUGGUGGAGGAGCUGGGAAGUACCUCGCUGAGUGGAUGGUGCAUGGUUAUCCCUCAGAAAAUGUCUGGGAAUUGGACUUGAAACGUUUUGGAGCCCUCCAGAGCAGCCGUACCUUUCUGCGCCACCGGGUCAUGGAAGUUAUGCCUCUGAUAUAUGACCUGAAGGUUCCCCGUUGGGACUUCCAGACCGGUAGGCAGUUACGCACAUCUCCUCUCUAUGACCGGUUAGAUGCACAAGGGGCCAGAUGGAUGGAGAAACAUGGGUUUGAGAGGCCAAAGUACUUCGUUCCACCUGACAAGGACCUCCUGGCGCUGGAGCAAAGCAAGACUUUCUAUAAGCCAGAUUGGUUUGACAUCGUGGAGUCUGAAGUGAAGUGCUGUAAGGAAGCGGUGUGUGUCAUCGAUAUGUCCUCUUUCACAAAGUUCGAGAUAACGUCCACGGGGGAUCAGGCAUUAGAAAUUCUGCAGUACCUCUUCUCCAAUGACCUGGAUGUGCCCGUGGGCCACAUUGUGCAUACCGGCAUGCUCAACGAUGGUGGAGGGUAUGAAAAUGACUGCAGCAUAGCGCGACUGAGCAAGCGCAGUUUCUUCAUGAUCUCUCCAACUGACCAGCAGGUCCACUGCUGGGCCUGGCUUAAGAAACACAUGCCACAGGACAGCAACCUGCUUCUGGAAGAUGUCACCUGGAAAUACACUGCCCUCAAUCUGAUUGGCCCUCGCGCUGUGGAUGUGCUGUCGGAGCUGUCCUACGCCCCUAUGACUCCAGACCACUUCCCAAGUCUCUUUUGCAAGGAGAUGAGCGUGGGCUACGCAAAUGGGAUCCGGGUGAUGAGCAUGACUCACACAGGAGAGCCGGGAUUCAUGCUUUACAUCCCCAUAGAGUAUGCCCUGCAUGUAUACAAUGAAGUGAUGAGUGUUGGGCAGAAAUACGGAAUCCGGAAUGCUGGCUAUUAUGCCCUUCGCAGUCUCCGAAUAGAGAAGUUUUUUGCCUUCUGGGGUCAGGAUUUAAAUACCCUCACCACGCCUCUUGAAUGUGGACGAGAGUCUCGCGUGAAAUUAGAUAAGGGCAUGGAUUUCAUUGGUCGGGACGCCCUGCUGCAUCAGAGGCAGAAUGGGGUGUAUAAACGCUUCACUAUGUUCAUCCUGGAUGACCACGACACAGACCUAGACCUUUGGCCGUGGUGGGGAGAACCCAUUUACCGGAACGGGCAGUACGUCGGCAACACCACUAGCAGUGCCUACAGCUACACCCUGGAGCGCCACGUUUGCCUGGGCUUUGUGCACAAUUUUUCCGAGGACACUGGGGAAGAGCAGGUGGUGACAGCAGAUUUUAUCAACCGGGGAGAGUAUGAGAUUGACAUCGGGGGACACCGGUUCCAAGCCAAGGCCAAGCUCUACCCUGUCGCCUCCCUCUACACCCAUAAGCGCCGAAAGGAUGACGUGGAGCUGAGUGACUUGCACGGGAAAUAAGGCCAUGGCAGUUUCGCCUCCCUGCUGUCUUAUCCGGAGAAGCAUCACCUCUGAGCUUCUCUUCCGUCUGACUCCAUCCCUCUUUAUCGAACCUUUGCCUCCCAUCUCUUACCUCCCUGAUAUAAUUUUGACAUUUACCUACUUU